AUGGGUCUGCUUUUCUGGGAAGAUGGAGUAGACUACAAACUUCAAGCUCUGGAAGCACGGUUCAAAGAACUAGACCUUAUCAAGGAUGACCUGACACAAAAAUUUGAACAUUAUAGCAAGACUCUGGCAAGCCAGUCAGCCCAAGAUGAGCUGUGGACAGCUGUUCUGGCACUCAAGUUUACAUCAAUGGAACUGAAUAUUUUAUACAGCUAUGUCAUCGAAGUACUUAUCUGUCUGCACACACGUGUUCUUGAGAAGCUGCCAGAUCUGGUGAAAGGUCUUCCCACCUUAGCAUCAGUCCUUAGACGAAAAGUCAAAAACAAACGCAUCAGAGUUGUGUGGGAGUCUGUCCUAGAGGAUUAUGGGCUACAAGAAGGAGAUAUCACAGUGCUUUGUACCUUCUUUAUUGCACAUGGUAACAAGGCAGAACAUUAUACUGCUAAGGCGAGGGAGAUGUACAUCAAGGAUGUCACUUUCAUCAUCACUAAUAUGGUAAAGAACCAGGCUUUGCAACAUGGUUUGCUGAGGGCUGUUCAGGUCAUUGAGAAGGGAAAAGCAGUGAAAUCUCCUGAAGAGCAAAAAACAUCCCUAGCAGAGUUGAUACCAUCAGUAAAGAACUACCCUAUGAACUAA